AUGUCGGACUUAGAAGAUGAUCCAGACUGCCAGCCGUCUACAGACGAAGAGUCGGAGAGGGAGAGUAGGUGUUCUGAUCAUAGUUCAUCUAAAGAAAGCACAGAAUUACCUGCAAAGGGACGCCAACAACAAGACAACAACACAAGAUCUCAGAGGAUGGUGGAUAUACCCUCAUCAGAUGGCUCAAGAAAAAAGCAGUUUCCGUUUACAGCUGUUCCAGCAAAACUCUCAUUUAUUGGGAACUCUCAGAAAGAACAGGAAAGGGCUGCCAAAAGAAAUAUUAAAAGAGAAACUGAAGAAAGGCGAGACCUGUGUAAUGGAAAUAAUGAUGGAGUGUUGGUUUUACGAUGGAAAGAUAAGCGUGAUGUGUUGGCUCUAUCAACUCGGCAUAGAUCUGGUUUUGUCAACGUGCGCAGCAGGAGAAACCGUAAAACAAAGUGA